UGAUCAGAAGUUUAAACAUCUCUCGACGCGUAGGAAUCAUAAAUGCGUAGGAGAUCUAAAGCACAGCGUACAGCCUGUGCAAAUUGAAAGAAACUCUUUGUUUCUCUUAAAAUGACUGUUGCUGAGAGAGAAGAGCUUCUUGGAGAAGAAGAUGACGAGGACGAUGAUGAGAAUCUGAUGAUAAAUGACAAGAAUAAUGAGGAAUCUGGAAAAGAUCCGAUUCUUCAGACAAUCGGAGAUUUUGGUCCGUACCAGUUCUUUAUCUGUGCUGUUGGAUACUUUGUAACUAUUCCUCAUUGCUGGAUAUCAUUAAGUUUAAAGUUUGUUGGAAUGAGAACUAACUUUACGUGCGCAGAUCACUUUACACCAAACAUUAGUUUUGAUGAAUCCUGUGUAGGACAAGAUCAGGAGAAAUGUCUGAACUUUAUAUUCGACCAAUCACAGUUCAGAUCUACCAUUCAUCAAAGAUGGAAUUUAGUUUGUGAUCAAGAGGGCAUGGAUAGUAUAGCCCAGUCUGUAUUCUUUUCCGGAUGUUUAAUCGGAGUUUUUCUCUCAGGCGUGUUGGCAGAUAUUUACGGGAGAAAACCCGUAUUUUUCAGUCUGGUGGCUGGAGUAGUUAUUUUUGGUGUAAUGGGAGGUAUCACCUCAUCAUUCUACACUUGGUUAGUUCUCAGAUUUCUGCUGGGUGCCUCCGCUAUAGGAAUGAUAACAGUCAGGUUUACUAUACAGGUAGAGAUGGUAGGUAGUAAAUGGAGAACCUGGGGUAAUAUGACCGGUGCCCUGGGCUGGUCAUCUGGAUAUAUGCUUCUACCGGUUAUUGUUUAUCUUAUACCAGAUAUGAAGCAACUUGAAGUUUUUAUUGCUCUGUGCUUUCUUCCAUUUAUUGGUUUGUACUGGAUUCAACCUGAAUCCCCUAAAUGGCUUCUUUCAGUGGGGCGGAUAGAUGAAGCUGAAAAGAUAGUUGAGAGGAUAUCUUAUUGGAAUAAUAAACCAUUUAAAGAAACCCAUGUUCCUGGGCUACUAAGUAUUCUUCAGUUUCCAAAUAUUGGGAGAAAUAUACUCUGCAUGUCCUUCUCCUGGUUCAGUGUUGGUCUGGUAUACUAUGGUAUAGCUCUCCAUACACCUGAGUUUGGGAGUAAUGUUUACAUGGUGUUCUUCCUGGCUGGACUUAUGGAAAUCCCAGCUAACUUUAUCAGUCCGUAUUUGAUGAAUAGGUUUGGAAGGAAAAGGUUAAUGAUUGUUGGAUUCGUGUUUACCUCAGGAAGUUUACUGUUGGCAGCAGUUAUCCCUCAUGGAAUGUUCGCCAAGGAAAGGAAUUCUUUCAUUAUCUAAAGCCAAUGUAAUCAU